CUUUACAAAAUGGAAGGGGCAACCUGUGGUAGCCGCCUUCUGGUACAUUCUCAAUCUUGUCUGCGCACCUCUGGUUGUCGCAACAGAAAUUCUCAACUGAUGGAUGGAUUAGAUUAAUGAUUGCGCUGUUGCUGUUCUUGCUUGGUCUUCUACGGAGGAAGUCAUCAUGGUGGUCAUGCGGGCGAUCUUAGCUACGAAUAUUGAGGAAGCCAAAAAGGAUAUAUUGCAAUAUCAUAUGAUAAGUCGACAGAAAAAAAAUAUAUAUUUUGAUGGAUGGGAUGGUUUUGGGGCGUCCGCAGUCCUCAAUUCCAUAGCAAAUGAACUUUCAUCACAGAAAAUGGAUGCUCCCCAUGAACUACGCUUUGACAAAGUAUUGUACAUUGACUGCUCUGAAUGGAAAAGUAGAAGGGAAAUGCAGAGAGCAAUUGCAGAGGAACUGAAACUUGACCAUGGAACAAUGGCCAUGUUUGACAACCAGGAUGAGGAGGAUGACUACGAUGGAAAAGAUAAAGAAUCUAGGGAUGUGAUACGAAGUAUUGCAAUGGAUAUUUAUCGAAGACUGGCGGACUGUAAAUUUAUGAUGAUUUUUCUUAAUGGAAGUGAUAACGAGAUCGAUGUCACUAGAUUUGGCAUCCCUCAUAUAACGGAAUUCGGUAAAAACACAAUCAUUUGGACAUUCAAGAGAAAGUUGUUGACGAUUAAUAGCCGUCAUGAUGAGAUAGCAGAAAAGUUAAGAUACAGCCACCUUUUCCUCUAUGGAUCAAUUGUCGCAGGACCUAAUCUGGUAAGUGAGCAGGAUUUUUGUGCAUUGGUGCAUGGAGAGGCUACUACCAUAGUUGCUCGCCACCAAUGCAUGCUGGAUAUGGAUGCAACAAUGGUGACAGAAUGUUGCCUCUUUGAGCUAUCCCUACAUUACAAUUUCCACAACAUCACUAGAUUGGGUUGGGAUGCUCAUUCUUCUAACUAUUGGAUAUGUGCUGGAAUUAUAGCAGGCAAUAAAAAAAUGGAGAUCGCAAAUGCAUUGCAUGGAGAGAUAAGAUGGGAGUGUGAUGCUCCUCUACUUCAACGUUUGCUUGAAGAAUUGAGUCCUACCUUUUCAGUAAAGAAGAUUACAAAGCCUCUAGUUGUUUCUAUGAGGUGUCUAGUUAAAGAUCGUCAUUGGAUUUCAAUCACCUCCCAGGAACAUGGAUUAGAUGGUGUCCAAGAUAUACCAGCAGGAGCAUCGGCGGUGUUCUUGGCAUUUCAAAGAACAGGUCAGCUAGAACCAUAUGCAAGAUCAGGUCAUCCAACAUCACUUGAAGGACAAUAUUCCCCACCCAUACUGCCACCUGGCAUAUUCAAAUAUUCUAGGAGCAUUGCUGUGCUGGUUCUCUCUUAUUGUGCCUUCAGUUUUGCAUCACCUCCUUUCCUCAUGUGCAAUAGCCUAAGGUUCCUUGGUUUGGACAAGUGUAAGCACAAGCCAAGUGAACAAUAUUGUGAUACAGAUGCAGAGUGGACCUUCUUGCUCAGUCUAUGGGUUCUCGAGAUACGAUACACAGAAUGGGAUGAGAUUCUGUCCAAAGAAAAGAUAGAUCUCAUGAGUAACCUGAAGGAGUUAAAUAUAGAGGGAGUUUGGAGCUGGCAGUGCAUCAAUCAACUAAGGAAAUUAAUACCCCACCUUUACAGGUUAAGGAUUACCAAUGCUAGGAUUUAUCAAGCAGAAACAGUAGAUGUAGAUGACUCAUUUAUGGACAAGGGAAAGCUACAGUUACUCGAUCUGUCUGGCAAUAGGGAGAUGAAAGUUGUACCAGGUAGCCUAUCAAAGGCAAGUAGCCUUGAGGUGCUUCUCCUUGAUGGCUGCCUUGGGCUUGAAUAUGUUGGUGCGCUUCCACCAUCUCUCAAUUCCUUUAGUCUCGAUGGCUAUGGAGUAGCAUCCCAUUGGACACCAUCUAUUAAUAAUCUACUACCUCCUGAAAAUCUGCGUCCAGCUUCUAUAGAUGUGAGGGAUGCCAAGAUCUCCAGGAUAUGCCUAGAGGGCUGCACAGGAUUGGAGAAUUUGUUCCUACGUGGGCUACCUAAUCUUGUGGAGCUGGACCUAUCAGGAACUGGAAUCAAGAUACUUGACUUUACAACUAUGGUGAUUCAAGUCCCAUGUCUCAAACGAUUAUUUCUGCUGGGCUGUGAGCGCCUUGUUGCCAUAAUAUUGGAAGAGAAGUGGCCAUACGAUAUAGAUACACAACUAGAGCUCCUAUGCAUUGACACACGAGCUGAGACGGGAUAUUCUCGGCCAUGUAUUGACCAUACCAAAAAGUCCUUCAAGCUACAGAUACAUGCCAUUCUUUCGGACUCAAGGCUUGCUCGGUCCUUGUUCUCAAUCAUAGACUACCACAUUUGCAACAACAUUGUGGAUAUUUACUUUAAUAUCCUUGUCACCGAUGUGCCCACUGUGUAUAGUGGGGAGGAUGUACAACCUGAAGCUGCCCACAGGGUGGUUGCACUUGCACAGUAUGGUGAUGUCCCUGCCACGGCUGGCGAUGUUCCCAUGCAGGAUUUCCCACCAGCUCCAACUAGAGAUUUGGAUCGCCACGUAGGAAUUGCCAAGGUGAGCCGUUGUCUGGACUGGGUACAAUUCAUAGAGUUGUCUAACUCCCUGCACCUGCAUGACAAUGACAUCUCAACCGGUGUAAACAUAACCCUGGCCGGCGAAUUCUACUACCUCAGGCAAUGCCGUGUGGAGAGGUGCCCCAAGUUGGAUACUGUCUUUCCAAGAACAGAUGACUUCAGGGCUCUCGAGACGAUUUGGGCAUCGGAUCUCCUGAUGGCCCGCUGCAUCUGGGGCAAAGGUCGUCCGUCUUACAUGUCUAACUUGUUUGACGCACUACGGCACCUCAACUUGCGUGCCUGCCCAAGACUCCAGUUUGUGCUUCCAGUCUGGGUCUCCUCCUUCCCCAGAUUGGAGAUGCUCCACAUCGCCGACUGCACAGACCUGAGGCAUGUAUUCGUGCUGGAUGAAGAGCACCGAGAGGAACGCAUAGCGUUCCCCAAUCUGAAGGCCAUGCACCUGCACAACCUCCCAUCGUUGUGGCAGAUAUGUGAGGCCUCGAUGCUGAUGCUGGCGCCCGCGCUCAUGACCAUCAAGAUCAGGGGCUGCUGGUCCCUCCGCCGACUGCCAUCCAUGGAAGGCCGUGGCGUACACAUGGAGAAGCCGACGGUCGAGAUCGAGAAGUAUGUAUGGGAUGCGCUGGAGUGGGACGGGGUGGAGGCUGGCCACCAUCCCUCCCUCUUCCAGCAGCCACGACACUCACGCUACUACAGGAAGAAAUCGCUCCGGGGAUCUGUCCUCAGCUUCGAAGAACGCGUUGGUUCUUCAGCUACGGCCGGGUCAUCGCGCAUUGCAUGGAUGCGUUGUGCUCCUCCACUCACUGUGUUCUUGUUUUGUUGGCCAUCGAUUGUUUGGGCCAAGAUGGUUUGAUAUUUAAGGUGUGAUAAACUUUUUUACUGUCGUGUGAUAAACUUACAGGUGUGAAUCAACUGUUAGAUAUGAUAUGUCCAGCAUAUGCAUGUAUCGUUUCUGUUUUUCUUUUCAUGGGUUUCUUCGGACUCUGGAGCUUCAGUUUGUCCUAAAACAUUGGCAUGGCAUGCCGAUAUUUCAGUGUGUAAGGUUGAAGGUUGAUGUUUCAGUCUGAACUAUUUUCAGUAUAAGCAUUGCGUCAUUAUUUUGCUUCGCA